AUGCGGUACCAUAUUGGCUCCCUACCAGACAACGCUGAUCGCGAGGCACCGAUCGUGUCUUUGCAAACGGUUGCUCCCAUCGAAACCUUCUUGGCCUCUUGUCCUCGUCGGCUCAGCACUACCAGCGACAUUCAUCUGACAAUCCUAUGGCGCCUUCGCAGUGCGACCCUGACAGGCUCAGCUCGCGACAUGUCAGCCUUUUCCCCGCCCCGUGCUCCACACGCCGUAGCCGGGCCAAAGGUGCGAGAAGACGCUUAUCAAUUGUGUUUCAUGUCUGAAGGAUUCUCACUCGACACCGAUAAAAAGGCCAUUCAACCGUAA